GUCCUCUGCACCGAUAACACUUGGAAAUGAACACAUCUUUCCGCUACACGGAGACCGCCAUCACAGGGAGUUCGGAAUAACUUUGCCAACACCAAAGAGGUCUCACGAAAGAAAUCCAGUAGACACAAAGGAUCGCAGCAAACGCCCCUUUGCUCUUCAUACCAAAAAAAUAUAAGGCGGCUGAACAAGUCAUACGAGUAAAGAUAUUUGUUAAUUGCGUCAAAACCGAUGUUUCUUUUAUUAUUGUCAUUAAAUUUUUAUAUAUAUGCACGUGAUUUUUGUAACCUUUCGGGCUCCUGUUUUGGGGCAUUGACAAGGUUUUAACAGCUGUUAAUAAUGAUACUUGUAAUGGAUUAGCCACCGAUAUUCCUGGCUUGGUCAUUGUGUUCAACUGGGUAACCAGAGGGAAAAAAAGGCAGUCCUUUACUCAAAAAAAUCAACCCCUCCAUCGCCAAUAUCUCGCCCCACAUCAGCAAAGAACACCAACGGCCGUACCGCAUUGCCAUUAUGGCCGAAAACAACGCAGAGGGAGCCAACGAUAUGGCAGUGUCCUAUGAUCUAAUUCCCAAAUUGCUGCCUCACCUCGAUAGACAUAUGAUUUUCCCACUGUUGGGAUUCAUGGGCGAGCAGGGCAGGUUAACGGAUCAAGAAUUGGCCCAGGCCAGAUAUGACCUUCUAAAGAACUCAAACAUGACGGAUUUCAUAUGUGAUCUUUACAAGGAAAUACAUGGCACCGACGAGGUUCCGGAAGAGCUCAAUAAGAGGCAGGAGGUUGUGGAAAAGCUGCAAGGUUUGGGUGAGAGGAGUGAGCUACUUUUGAAUCUGCUUGGGAACACAGAGGUUUUGUCAAACCUAAGAGCGGACAAGCUGCAAAAUUUGCAGUAUCUUCAAGAGAAACAUGAUGUCACAGUAGAGAUGGUAAACGUGCUUUAUGAUUAUGGCCAACACCAAUACAGCUGUGGUAAUUAUGGAGAGGCUUCGGACAUUUUAUAUCGGUUUCGUGUCUUGUCGACGGACAACGAAAAGACUACACAAGCUACCUGGGGAAAGCUAGCUUGGUUCCAUGGAGGAGAUUACUAA